AUGUCGGAACCUCCAUCCCCGAAGAAAGGCUUCAUGUCUCGGCUCUUCCACUCAAAAUCAAACAAUCGGCUACGCAAAGCUGCUCUGUCUCCGCCACGGCUUCCUUCAAACCCCUCGUUAUAUACCACAUCCUCUCAAAGCACCCAAACCACCCAGAUCACCACAUCACCAACCUCCUCUGCACCCUCCAAGCCGAAGCCGUUAGCCCACGGUGCCGUCUACCGACCCUCAGAUGACAACCGCGAUGAGCAGACGGGCGAGAGGAGAGACGACACGGACCUACUCCAUGGACUCGCUCAUCAUGAAUCUCACGAUUCUCUGGACUCCAUGGUCAGGAUCCAAGAAUGGAGACCGCCUGGCGAGCGGGAGGUUGCAUCUCUGUCCGUAUCACUCUGGGGCAAAAUUACUUCAUUCCUGUCACCUGGGGACAAGGCAGCCCUAGCCUUUUCCACGCGAACGUUGAUGAAGCGAAUCGGCACGGAGUGUUGGUGGGAGCUCGAGAAAGAAGAAAAUUUCAAGGAAAAGUUGAGCUUUCUCAUGACUUUAGAUAAGGAUCUCCCAGGUCACUUGCUCUGUUUCUCCUGUGCAAGAUACCAUCGACGGAUCCAACCAGGACAGGAGACCCUCAAGCGCAAGACCGUGCUGAAUCCAGUCUACCAGUGCCCCAUGGUCGGAAAGCCAGGCCACGUCCAGCCCCGAGCACGACUAACACCCCAAUGGAACCUCCCCUUCACCUUCGUGCAACUAGCCACGCGAGGCCAGAGAUACGGCAUCGCCACCUAUGGCAUCCACGUAAACGAGCUGGGGCGACGCUGGAGGGACUCCAGCAGUGGUUGGAGCCACGAGUCCCGCUUCUACAUCCACAAGGGCCACCUCCUGAUGCGCAUAAUCAGCAGGAGUUUCGCAGCCCCCAAAUUGCCGCCCAGUGGGCUCCGCCACUUGUUGUAUAGCAGAGAGGACUACACACCGUACUUCAGCGCCUGCGCGCACUGGCAGGAUGGCGAGCUGAUGCCCGUGUGCAAGUGCGCGCUGUCUCACGUUCCCGAGCAUCGGCAGACCAGGAGAGAGCAGCUGAGGCAGGGACCCAUGAUCAGAACGCACCUCAGAAACCCCAACCCGAUCGUGCUUCUCUGCUCGAAAUGUAGGCCGAUGAGGCGUUGUCCCGAGUGCCCGUCCGAGUACUUGGUAGAGCUGAAGCUGGCGGAGGAUAAGGAGGACCCGGUCGUCACGUUCAAGCAGGCGAUUGUGGUGACGAGGUGGUGUGACUUUGGCGAUGGGAAGUCGCCGUUUGGGCCGGAGUGGUGCGCUCUCAAUGGGCUGGAGGUGGAGAAUCAGGAGGCUUAUGACAGUUUUGCGCAAAUGGGGAAGAGGGCCAUAUCGGGGGUGUUUGAGGCGCAGAGCGGGAUCACGAUGCCGGGACAGAGACUGAUAAGUUUGAACCCCAAGAAGAUUAAACUGGGUGAAGAAGGUGAUGACUGGUACUGA